AUGGAACUAACCGUUGGACAAGUCUCUGGUAUAAUUAACUUUGGCGUUGCCAUUGUCGGCAUAACCCUCCCGCUAGGAAUCGCUUACGUCCUUAGCUGGCAGCUCCCCGAGGAGAAUAAUGCCAUUACCUGGUCUGUGGGUACACGCGUCCUGCAAGCAACCGCUUGGCCCUCCCUCAUAGGAGCAGAUAGUACUGCGUCGAAGAAGGUCAGCUGGCUGGCGUUCUGUCUUGGCUGGGGGAUUACUAUCGGCCAAGUGCUCGUCAGUAUUGCUGGUAUCAUCACCCCUCUGGGACUGCAUGAUCGAAUCAAGCCGGCGGCCUCUACCUCGGUACCCUUUGUGUAUGUGCCAGAUAGGUCGCCGUACGGUCUUGGAACGCCACCUCGCCCCGACGAACCAUUUUCCCGAGGUUGCGGAGGGUCUGGCUGGGUUGUUUGUCCUGGAACCAACGGGACCGAUGCGUAUUUCCUCGUCAACAAGACAGUCCAUGACAUCAUCCCCAAUAAUGGGACCUAUUCGGCCCGACUGCCCUACAACCUGACCCAGAUCUUCUCAAGCGCGACCUCAGGGACAAAUAAUACCGUAUCGGGACCCUUUGAUAUUCAAUACCGACAGCUAUUCCCAAGAUCUAUGGACCAAGUGGACAAUGGCAGACCAUAUAUAGUUGGGUCGUACCGGGUGAUGGAGAGUCUCAUAUUACACAAUAAGAUCGAAGCGAUUGAGGGACUGAUCGUUGACAGUACAAGGGGUGGGGUGGGCUAUCGCAACCAUACCGCGCCGGCCAAUCUUCCAACGGGAGGACGCUGGACGGAGGAUAUUACUUGGCUGCAGCCUCUGAUAGAUUGCGUGAACACCAAUCUCAGCAUCCGAUUCACCCUCAACUACACCGACUACAAUGGGAACAGAGUCGAAUCCCACAAUGUGCGCCUCAAAGACAAGGGCGGAUUUUCCAAUCUCCCCCUUAAGGGCCCUCCGGUCAACAUGGAGGAUAUGCAGGCGAACCCUGACCUGCGUACUCGAGCAACGCAGCUCGCCUUUUUCCACAACGGCAUGUUAAUGUGGGCAUUGGGACUAGCUAGUCCCAAUAUUAGCGCCCCUCGGAAUAUUACAUCGGAUACAGAAUACCCUCUGGUUCUAAAUGGGAGCCUCACUGGUGACCAACACAAUGCGUACCGGCCAGACUCGAUCCAGAUCCCUGGGAGCGACGGGCUCUUCAUAAAUUCCGACUUCAAUAGCUCGAAUAGUUUGUGGAGCUUCCAAACCACAGCCCUGGCAUGUCGUGGGUUGGUUUCCCAGUACACCAGCGACGCUCUGGAUAAUUCCACGGUAGGUAUUGAUUGUGGUCUCAUCCAGACCGCGCCGCGACGGUUGGACGGUACCGAUCCACGAAUCUAUGAUGCAGGCUCGGAGUGGGAGCAGGACAUAUACAUGUGCGCGAGUGCUGUCCAGGCAUCGAUUAAAACCGUGGAGUUUACUUUUAAUGGGAGCUCGACUCUGGACGACCUUACUGUGUCCAGCGUGGAAGACAAGGUGUACGAAACUCAGGAUGCGCAGCCUUUAUGGGCGAUUGAGAUCACCGGACAGCCAGCGUCAGUAACUGCUCCUUUGUGGGGCCUUAUCAGCGAGCAAUACGCAUCUUCCGAGAACCUGAUUACCGUACGUUCGGAGAGGCUCCUCCUUCCACCUGCGUACCCAGACAGCGCUAGCGUGGUCAACGCAAAGGACAGUAUGGCUGCGAGUUAUGCUCCCAUGGCAGCCCAGCAUGUAGCCCUCGGUGAGAGCUAUCUGGGGCAAAUCACCUCUAGGUGGACUACAGAUCUGCCCAUUGCAGACUACACCGGAAAGUCCAACUUUGCGCUGUCCCGACGCUGGCAGCAGCUGUCCACUGAUGGUGAACAGGGCGCUGCUUUGAUUUUAAAGCUGAUCUUUACCGACAUCCUAGCAACGGCGACUAUCGGCUCGCAGACCCCUAUCGGUCUGAGCGGCAGCGACACCGGUAGUCUGGGAGGUACAGUGCCUUCUGGUGACAAGAAGGUCCGCAUCGAGCCUUUCCAACGAAAGAUCGAGUACAAUCUGCCAUAUGCCGUACCAGCGUUCCUCACGUUAGCCUUGUGGGUCGUGGUGCUAGUUGCCUUCCUCGUUGCAUUGAUCGUUUCCCGCUUCUCCUUCUCGAAGCUGCGACAGCAGCUAAACUUGAGCUCCAUUGGCCGACUGUACACAAACUUGGUGUAUCCCGAUGUUUGCGAGAUUGAUGCGAAGACUGACACGUGGAUUGAACAAGCCGGCGGGCUCAAGUUUCGACUGGAUCGUAAGGGUAUAAGCGAUGCCGAAGACCCGUCAGCUGAAUCCCAACUGAUGGAAGAGCAAAAUGAAUCAUCAGAUAGCGUCAGUGUGGAGUAA